AUGGAUAUCCAUCGCUGCCGGUUUGUGCCCUACAAGCCGUCGGCUGUCAACGCCGUAGCCUUCUCGCACCCCAAGACCAAGUCUGCGAAGCAAGGCUCUGUCGCGCGAUUGGCUGUUGGACGAGCCAACGGUGACAUUGAGAUCUGGAACCCUUCAAGUGGAACAUGGCACCAGGAGCUGGUCAUUCGCGGCGGCAAGGAUCGCAGCAUUGAUGGCCUUGUCUGGGUCAACGAGCCUGAUCAGGAUCUGGGUGAUGGAAAGAUCGCUGUGGGCAAGUCGCGUCUCUUUAGUAUUGGAUACACGUCUACGGUGACCGAGUGGGAUCUCGAAAAAGGCAAACCCAAGAGACAUGCCAGCGGACAGCACGGCGACAUCUGGUGUCUCGCUGUGCAGCCUCCGGCUCUGAGCGGUGCAUCAGACGAUCUGCACUCCAACAAGCUGAUUGCCGGCACGAUUGAUGGCGAGCUUGCCAUGUAUUCGAUCGAGGAUGAUGACCUGCGCUUCCAACGAGUCGUUGUGCGAUCCCCUACGAAAAAGGCCCAGAUGGUCAGUAUCACGUUCCAGUCACGCAAAAUUGCAGUCGUGGGAUGCUCAGACAGCACCAUCCGAAUCUACGACGUUACAAAGGGCCAUAUGCUUCGCCAUAUGACGCUAGGAGCAGAUCUGGCUGGAGGCUCCAAAGAUAUCAUCGUGUGGUCGGUCAAGUGCCUGCCCAACGGUAAUAUUGUCUCGGCGGAUUCUACGGGUCAAGUCUGCAUCUGGGAUGGAAAGACCUACACACAGUCUCAGAGACUGCAGAGUCACAAACAGGAUGUCCUCAGUCUUGCCAUCAGUGCCGAUGGAACGACCAUCACAAGUGGAGGAAUGGAUCGUCGUACUGUCCUGUACAAGCAGAAUACUGGCACCGGCAACCGCUGGGCCAAGGUUUGGGGGAGAAGGUAUCACGACCACGAUGUCAAGACAAUGGCAUCGUUUGAGCAUGGACGCACGAGUGUCGUAAUUACUGGAGGGCCGGAUGCAAACCUCAUGCUGGUUCCCCUGAGAGAAAUGGGCCGCGAAAACCACCGAACAAUCAGCAAUCUCCCACAACAGCCCCCCAUUUCGAGCGCACAAAAGGCAAGAUUCAUCACUAGCUGGUGGGAUAGAGAGGUUCACAUCUGGGCUCUGCGAAAGCCUGCUACGGAAAUAUUCAACGUGGCUGGAGGAGAAGAAGUUGAUAUCAACCAGAACCGCAAACUUCUCAAGACGAUUGUUGUCAAGGGCGACUCCAACAUCAGCUCUGCUACGAUCAACCCAGAGGGAACCUUCCUCAUCGUGUCUACAGCAACGGAUAUGAAAGCCUUCCGGCUAGAGCAUCAAGAUCCGAUUAAGCCUUCGGACGUCAAGCUAUCCGCAGUUGAACUCCCAGAGAAGCUGAAGAAUGCCGGCGCCUCACAGGUGCGGCUUUCUCCAGAUGGGAAAUGGCUCUGUGCUAUCAAAGAGGGCUCUCGAGUUAUCAUGGCUAGUCUCGAAGAGGUCAAUGAUUCGGAGAACUCGUCACAACUCGCCAUCCACUUGCAGCGGCUCCCCCGUCUCCGGCGCCAUAUUCCACGAUACAUCAAGAACGGCGGGCUAAGAAGCUAUGAGAGAAAUAUCACUCACAUCUCAUUCACUGCCGACUCGAAGAUGGUUGCGGUUGCUGACAUUGCCGGUUACAUUGACACCUGGGUCUUACGCGGCCCCGAUGAGAAUAUGCAGGAAAAGAUGGAAGGGGAUGGAGCAAAUGACGCGGCACAGUCCUCAGACAACGACAGUGACAGUGAGAGUGACUCCUCGGAUGACGAGGAGGGCCAAGCUAGCAGCACGAACCGCCGCUGGAUUCGCAACCCGAGCGCAAACCUGCUGCCCAAGCUACCCUCAACUCCCGUUGUCUUGUCAUUCUCGGAAGACGUACCCUCUGGAGAUGCAAGCGAAGGCGGAGUGGAUGCCAUCAAGGACUACACCCUCGCUGCCGUUACGGCCUCGUGGAACGUCUUGACAUUCCAUCCUCUCCAAGGCUCUCUCACACCAUGGUCACGCAGACACCCCCGGAAAGCCCUCCCGGCGGCCGUGCAGGACCUGCUAGACUUGGCCAAAGGUGCUUUGUGGCAGGGAUCCCGCCUCUGGGUCUACGGUAUCUCGUUCCUCCUGAUGCUCGACACUGCCCAAGACCUGCCCAAGCCUACUUUAGAAAGCGACGCCGUCGUCAUCAGCCAUGGAGCCCAGACCGGGACAAAGCGCAAGAGAACCGGCCAUACUAGUGGUGCCGGAGGCAAAAUGACCCGUGAAAAUCUUGCACCGCACCGUAUUGGCAAGUACGUGGACGGGCAGUGGGUGAAUAUCGACGUGGAUACCACCUCUCCCCACGAUGAUGGCAGUGAGAGUGACGACGACAUGGCUGAUGCCCCCGAGGGCGACCUGGCCCAGCUUCGCAACGCCAACGGCAAUGCCAAUGGCACGGGGGAGCAAGAGGCGGGAACUGACCGAAAGAGCUGGUGGAUAACCUACAAGUACCGCCCAGUUCUUGGUAUCGUAUCCCUCAACGCUGCAGACCAGCCUCUGGAGGUUGCGCUAGUGGAGAGACCAGUGUGGGAUGUGGAGAUGCCCGAGAGAUAUUAUGCCGGGGAGGAAUGGGAGAGGUGA